AUGCCUGUGCAGAAGCAGUUUAUUCCAGUCGUAAAGACAGUUGGAGUUCCAGUGAAAAUCCCCGUCAAAAUUUUAGUUCCAGUGAAAGUGCCAGUUAUCAAGGAGGUGCGCGUACCAGUCUACAUUGAUCGCAAGGUCGAGGUCCCCGUGCCAGUCGCUGGUGACAACGGAUUCAACAACAACAACAACGGAUUCGACAACAACAACAACGGAUUCGACAGCAACAAUAAUGGAUUCGGUGACGCCGACUCAGUAAGCAUCAACCUGGGAGGAGGACUCGACAGCCAGGUCCGUCGCGUUGACAACGGCAACAGCAACAACGGAUUCGACGGAUUCAAUGGCGGGAACAACAACGACUUCGGAAUCGUGAGCAGCGGCCAAUCCGGUCAGACCGGCCACAUCGACCAGAUUGGGCAUCACGUGAUUAAGAAGGUCGUGAAAGUGCCCGUUAAAGUGCCGGUGAUCGUGAAAGUUCCUGUGAAAGUUCCAGUGAAAGUUCCCGUGUUUAGUCAAGGUGGCGCGGGGGGUGGCUUUGGCUUCAACGACUUCAAUAACUAUAUUAACGGUAACAAUGGUGGAUUCAACGGAUUCAACGAUGUAUUCAACGGAAACAAUGACGGAUUCAACGGAAAAAAUGGCGGAUUCAUCGGAACCAAUGGCGGAUUCAACGGAAACAAUGGCGGAUUAAACGGAAACAAUGGCGGAUUCAACGGAAACAAUGGCGGAUUCAACGGUAACAAUGGCGGAUUCAACGGAAACAAUGGCGGAUUCAACGGUAACAAUGGUGGAUUCAACGGAUUCAACGAUGUAUUCAACGGAAACAAUAACGGAUUCAACGGAAACAAUGGCGGAUUCAUCGGAACCAAUGGCGGAUUCAACGGAAACAAUGGCGGAUUAAACGGAAACAAUGGCGGAUUCAACGGAAACAAUGGCGGAUUCCAGGGCGAUUUCAACGGUAACAAUGGUGCAUUCAACAACGGAUUCAGCAAACAACAAUGGAUUCAACCGUAA